AACCCGGAAGAAAAUUGAACGAAUACAGUCAAACGAUUAGAAGCCAACCCAAUGCUCUGACCAGACCGCCCAAAAUGUAUUGCCCAUCCUCCAAGUAAACACAAAAAGAGGGUUUUAGUUUUGGGACUUAAGAUCAAAGGAAAGGGGUUUAAGACUUGAAAAGAGUCGGCUGUUAAAUUUCACACCCGAAACCCUAAUUUAAGAUCUCAAUGUCUUCUUUUCAGACUCCAAUUCAAGACUCAUCAUCACCAAUUCAACCACCCAUUCAACCCCCAAUCCAAGAACCAAUGAGCCCUCCAACCCCAGAUCAAGAACCCCAACAAAACCCACAAGCUGAUUCCAUUCAAUCCCCAAUUCAAGAACCAAUGAACACUACAAGCCCAGAUCAAGAAAUGCAACAAAACCCACAAGGUGAUACCAAUUUAGAGCAAGAAGAAGAGGAGGAGGGUGAGUGCGGGUUUUGCUUGUUCAUGAAAGGGGGUGGCUGUAAAGAUACUUUUGUGGGUUGGGAAAAGUGCAUUGAAGAAGCUGAGAAGAAUCAAGAAGAUAUUGUGGAGAAGUGCUUUGAAGUCACUGCUGCUUUGAAGAAGUGUAUGGAGGCUCAUUCUGAUUAUUAUGAACCAGUUUUGCGGGCCGAGAAGGCGGCGGAGGCUGAAGCUGUUGAGCAGUUGGAGAAGGAGAAGGAGAAGGAGGAGGGAGGGGUUGUGGAGGGUGAAAAGGCGAAAGAAGAGGAGAAAGCUUAGAGCUUUAUUGAGGUUUAGUGAUUUUAUACUUGUUUCAUGGUUUCGGAAAUUUGAUUUUUUGGGUACCAUUGAGGGUAUUUUUAGAUGCUUUUUAUACUUGGUGUAUUCUUAAUAAUUGUACUGAUUUUGCUGGAUUUGAGCUGCGGAUGAUACACUUUUGUGUAUUGAAGCUUAAACGAACAAUCUUAUACUGCGGAAUUAAAUGGCUUUUAUUUGUA